AGUUCCCCCAAACCGCAACAAUAUUCUCGUCGCCUCCCGCGAACACGGUGACGCAUCCAUCUUUCAAAUCUCCUACCCAAAUGCAAAUCCCUCUCUCUCUUCACCCUCGCUCCUUCCUUCCAAACCCCGUCACGCGCCACAAUCGCUCACUCUCCGCGCCACAACCCCACGCGCCUCCCUCGCUUCCACCCUUACCGCCCCACCCCAAAACGCCGCGUUUCGAUUGCAGCCCUUCCCACCAUACGCGCCCAAACGGCUUCCACUUCAAGCGCGGGAAGCUCGAGCUCGCGCGCAAAGUGUUCGACGAAAUUCCCAAACGAGACGUUAACGCGUGGACUGCUAUUAUUACUGGUUUCGCCCGCAAUGGAAUGUCUUGGCAAGUUUUGGAGCAUGUGAGGUUGAUGUUAGUGGAAGGAAUAAGUCCAAAUUUGGUUGUGAUGGCAGUAAUUCUUGAUGUUAUUGGGGAGGUUGGUGCUCGAAAUUUAGGUAGAGAGGCUCAUGGUUUUGUGGUGAAGAGAAUUUGGUAUCACGAGGAAAUUUCGGUUCUAUCGGCGUUGAUUGAUAUGUAUUUGAAGUGUGGCGAUGUUGGCUCUGGAAGCCGAAUUUUGCAUAGUGUGAUGAAGAGGAAAGGUGAUUGUUGGAUUGGAUUGAUGUCGGGAAGACUUGAGGUGUCAAUGAGGAAUAUUGUUCGUUUGAAGAGAUUUAGGCCCGGUGGUGUUGCGGUUGCUUCUUUGCUUCCAAUUUGUGCACAAUUGAGGGCUUUGAGACAUGGGAAGGAGGUUCAUGCUUAUGCUUUGAGGCAUUGGUUGCUGCCUAAUGUGUCCAUAGUUUCGUCUUUGAUGGUGUUGUACUCCAAGUGUGGCGUGAUUGAGUAUUCCAUGAGACUUUUUGAUGGAAUGGCGCGGAGGAAUGUGGUUUCGUGGACAGCCAUGAUUGAUUCGUGUGUUGAAAAUGGGCGUUUGUGUGAAGCAAUUGGUGUGAUGAGGUCAAUGCUGUUGACGGAGCAUAGGCCGGAUACGGUUACCAUGGCUAGGAUGCUGCGUGUUUGUGGCAAGCUGAAAGUUUUAAGGCUUGGGAAGGAGGUUCAUGGACAGGUAUUGAAGAGGGGUUUUGUGGUAGUCCAUUAUGUUGCUGCAGAACUGAUUGAUAUGUAUGGGAUUUGUGGAGAUGUUGAUAAGGCAAAGUUGUUGUUUAGUGCGAUUCCUGUUAAAGGUUCGAUGACAUGGAGUGCUCUUAUAAGGGCUUAUGGGUAUAAAGAAUGGUAUCAAGAGGCUGUGGACCUUUUUGAUGACAUGAUUUCAAAUGGUUGCUCUCCAAACCGCUUCACUUUUGAAGCUGUUUUAUCAAUUUGUGAUAGAGCUGGAUUUGUUGAAGAUGCUUUUAGGAUCUUCGAUUUGAUGUCGAGAUUUAAAAUUGAAGCAUCCAAGGAACACUGCACUAUAAUGAUUCGACUUCUUACCCGCUAUGGUAAACUAGAUGAGGCUCAAAGAUUUGUGGAAAUGAGUUCUUCCUUAUAGCAGAGAGCCAGAGGCAAUAGGACUCUCUUUCUGCUAUGAAUGUUUUAUAGAUUGUUAACAUUCUUAACCAAUGUUUAUUGACGAGUUACCAGUAGCUGUUCAAGGUGACAUUGAGCAAACAUAUAACUUUCAGUUAAGGAUCCUUGAGUUGUAAGUAUAGUGUCUAACUGUAUCAAAGCUGUAAAGUUGCUUGAAUUGAACAUACAAUUUCUUAAAUGGUUUGGUUUGCCAGAAG